CGAGCAGAUCGGAUGCGAGGUGGCAGAAACAAGUUUGGCCCCAUAUACAAGUGUGAUCGUGCCCUCAAGCUGCAGAGAAAGGCUUUGAUUCAAGCUAGUGGAUUCAGACUAGACAGCAACCCAGCUCUGGUCUCCUCAACCCACCAGAGGGACUUGACCUUCACUGGUGACCUCCAUCCAGCACCCAUACUUCACAGCACCCCACUGCCCUCAACACAGAACAGUCAUAUGAGCUACCAGCCUCCAUCACUGCGUUCACUCCUGCCAUCCAGCUCACCUGGUGCCACACAGUACCAGUGUACCUCCCUCUCAAAUUGGACAAUCAGGUCAGAGCACAUUUACAACUGUGCAAGUUCACCCGGCUUUACUGCAGGAAUCAACUCAGGCAAGAUAUACUUGAGACCUUUCUCUCCACAAGGCCCCGGAAUGCCUCAGCUGGUGAUAGAGUUAUUGCACUGUGAUCCAGAUGAGCUACAGCUGCAGACUCAGAUCACUGCUCGUCUCCUGCAGGAGCACAUGAGCUGGGAGAAACAUGGAAACCCUAGCACCUUCAGCCUGAUGUGCCUCAUGGCUGAUCAGAUGCUUUUCUCCAUUGUGGAGUGGGCUCGCACAUCCGUCUUCUUCAAACAACUCAAGUUGAAUGACCAGGUGAAGUUGCUGCACAGCUGCUGGAGUGAACUGUUGCUCCUGGACAUCAUCUCCAGGCAGGUCCUGUGUGGCAAAGAGGGCAGUCUGCUCCCGUUCACUGGGCAGGAGAUGGAGCUGUCUGACAUGGCUUCACAUGCUGGUCUUACCUUGGCCAGCCUCGUCCAGAGAGGGCAGGAGCUGGUCGAGAAGUUCCACAUCCUAAAGGUGGACCGCCAAGAGUUUGCCUGCAUCAAGUUCCUCAUCCUCUUUAACCCAGAUGUGACACCACUCGAAGACCAUCAGUUAAUAGAGAGCGUGCAGGAGCAGGUUGAAGGAGCCCUGCUCGAGUACACACUGUGCACGUCCUCUCACCCUCCUGGACACUUUGCUCAUCUGCUGCUUUGUUUGUCUGAGUUACGCUGUCUCAGCUCCUUCGCCGAAGACUACCUGUAUUGCAAACACCUGAGUGGUGAGGUGCCCUGCAACAACCUGCUCACUGAGAUGCUCCAUGCCAAGCACAGCUGGGCAUGAAGACUCAGAGCCUCUUCAAUUUUCUUCACAUUAGCAUACAAAGGCAUUAAGCUCUGAUCAGUGUCUAAUACAAUGAGAUUACACUUGAUAUUUUUUGUGCUUUAAAACUGAAUUUUAGUAAUAAGUUAUA